AUGCGGCUUGAUUUGGCUGGGGGAGGCGCUGGAAAGAACUGGGGUGGGGGCGGAGGCGGAGGAGGGGGAGGGGGCGGGGGAGGGGGAGGCGCGGGGGGAGGCGCGGGGGGAGGGGGGAGCGGAGGGGAGGGCGUGGGGGGGCGGAAAGGGGAGAAGGCGUGGGGGCAGCACCUGGGGACGGUGAAGGAGGGGAAUGAGGAGAAGGGGGCGUAUGCUCGGCGGCUGUUGAACAACCUGUGGGAGUAUAACAGUGAGAUGGACGGGCUUUCCAAGGAGUCCAGCCAGCAGAACAGCAGUCUGGAUUCAAACGAGGAGGUGCAGCAGAUUGUGAAGAUGCGAGUGGAGAUGGAGAGGCAGGCAUCCGCAGCAGCAGCAUCAGCCUCCCAUGGCUCCUCCACCCGCCUUGGCAUGGGCAUGGGCAUGGGCAUGGGCAUGGGCGUGGGGAUGGGCAUGGGCGGGAUGGGCAUGGGGAUGGGCGGAAUGGGCAUGGGGAAGGGGUUAUCUGGUGUAGGUGCUACUGCUGCCUCCUCCUCCUCCUCUGCCUCUGCUGCUGCGCGUCGCGCUGCUGUUUUGGAUCGGGCUAUGGGGGGGAGUGGAGGGCUGGAUGGGAGGGGGAUGGAGGGGCGAGGGGUGGAUUUACGGGACGGGAGGGGCGGGGCGGGAGGAGGGUCGGGGUCGUUUUUUGACACGGGGCAGAAGGCGAAGAAGAAAGCAGGCUCGGGUGCAGGUUCGGGCGUUGGUUCUGGGGUUGGUUCGGUGCUUGACGGACCUACAGCGGAAACGCUUCGGAAAGUGUUAGAUGAUGAUGAUGAUGAGGAGGAGGAGGAUGAGGAAGAGGAGGAGGAAGAGGAGGAAGAGGAGGGGGAGGAUGAGGAUGAAGAAGGGGACGAGGAUGAGGACGAUAGUGGGAGUGUGGUGGAUCGAAGCGUAAACGGGCCUAUUUACAAACGAGCAGCAACCGCUUCAAAAAUUUCCCGGGAAGAACUUUUCCACCUGCCCGUGCCCGACCCCAGCCAAUACAAUCGCUCGAGAAGCGUGCCGAAAUCCCACGACCGACUCAAAGGGGGCAGAGGUGGAGGGGAUGGCGGAGGAACCUCAGCAGAAAAAGGCGAGCGAGGGGAGAAAGGCGAGAGGGGAGAAAGAGGAGAGAGAGGCGAGAGGGGAGAGAGGGGGGAGAGGGGAGAGAGAGGAGAGAAGGGUGAGAGGAGAGAAAGGGUGGGGUUGAGCCGAGGGGGGAGCGCAGGCGGCCCCACCAAGACCCUCUUCCUUGAAGCCAGUGGCUCCUCCUCUGCUGGAUUUGGCCUCUCCCUCUCCCCCCGAGGAGGCGACCGAGCAGCACGAGGAGGAGAGAGAGGCGGAGAGAGAGGAGGAGGAGGAGGGGGGGCGGCGGCGGCGGGCGGCGGAGUGGGCGGCGGAGUGCUGACGGUGUCCAAGCCGUGGAGUCCCCUCCCUCUGACGGCGUCCACCCAGCUGGGGGGAGCCCGCGGGGCCAAGUCGUUCACGGGGGGGUCGGCCUUCCUGGAGUCCCUUCCUGAGGAGGACAAGAAGCUCAUCCGGGGGUUCAAGGUGCGUGCAUGGCUUAAGCUGCUCACCCCACUCCCUCCCCCCCAGGUGCUAGUGGUGGAGGACGACAUAUUCAACUGCACAAUAAGCCAUCAAAUCUUGGAAAUUUUAUCCUGCCGCGUCACGCUCACACGCAACGGCCGCGACGCGCUCGACCUCAUGCGGGGAGGCACAGACCUGGAGCUGCAGGCGCAGGAGACCGCGGUGCUGGUAGUAGAGGACGACAUAGUCAACUGCACCAUCAGCCGCCAACUCUUAGAACUCCUCUCCUGCCGCGUCACUCUCACACGCAAUGGCCGUGAUGCUCUAGAUCUCAUGCGGGGCGGCACAGACCUGGAGUUGGAGGCGCAGGAGGCAGCGGUGGCGGCCGCAGGGGGCGCGGAGGAGGGCGCGGAGGUGGCCCCGCAGUUUGACCUGGUGCUCAUGGAUCUGAACAUGCCGGUCAUGGAUGGGAUUAAGGCCGUGGAGCAGUUUCGAGAGUGGGAGGAGCUGGCUGAGCCUCGACGGCAGGCCACACUGAUAUUCGCUGUCACGGCCAACGUCUCAGACGGCAACAUGGUGAAGUGUGCCCAGAAGGGCUUUGACGAGUUCCUGAGCAAGCCACUGACGCCUGAGAAGCUGCUGAACCGCCUGCGCGAGGUGUGCCGUCGCCAAACCAUCCACCGCGCGCUCUGA